AUGCGCAAGUGGAAAGUCAACAGCUACGUGCUGAGUGUUUGUCUCUUGAUCUCAGAAUAUGUACGACAGCAGCAACAGGAUGCCAAGCCUGGGGAAGACUUAGCUGCAUCUCUAAUAGACGAGUCGCAUGGACAACGAGUCCCUUCAGCUAUAUCCAAAACGUCGCUAAAUGCCUUGGCUCGAUUUUUGUGCUUCGAGAUUCAGCACCCCACGAUUUUUAAUACGGAAAGUUCUGGCAAUAGCGGGAUAGGAUUUACGACUCUUAAAAGUCUAUUGUAUCGGUUGGAGAUCAAUUUGGACAAUGUCCGAGACUUUGAGCAGCUAUCUUGGCUGGUGGUGAGUAUCUUGACGCAACUUGAAAGCCCUGAUGCUGUAUGCGAUGUCGUGGAGAAUAUUUCAGAGUGUGUAGCACCACUUCAGAGUACACUUGAUGAAGUGGAGGACAUGGAUGAUGCAAAUUCCGCCAAAUCUACAUUACUUCGAACCAGUUUACUUGGCAUAUUUGUACGCAGUUUCUUGCUAGAGGUAAAUCGACUAUUGUUUGACGGUCUAUCGAGACUCUUGGACGACGUAAAAGAGUAUCUAAAGCAAUUUCGAAAAGACAUGGAGACAGAGAAAUAUGCUUUAGACGUUGCAAGUUCCCCAACGUCCCAGAAUUUGUGGAAACUAGGUAAAGUUGAUGAAAACGAGUUGUUAUUAUCACCGAUUAAAUCAGAACUCGCUACGCUUUCUGAGAGCUCAACACAAUCCAACAUGGUGACGCCUUUAGCUUCAAAAUUUGAUUCAGAGAUACUGUCUGAAAAGCUGCUCACCCCAGAAGCUGCUUUAGAAGUCAAUGACUUUGCAGUGUGGUCAAAUGACCAGCUAAAUUAUGUAAUGAAUGAUAUCGUCCGAGAUACGAAAGGAAGUCAAAGAAGGCAACAUGUAGAGAUUCAGUCAAGGGGAGAACAGCUACGCCUGCUUCGCUCAAAGAUGGAUAGUUCAAACCCCAAUGUGCUCUUUGCACGGUAUUUAUCAUUUUUAAAUGAUCGGGAUUAUCAAGGUGCACUUGAUAGUUUACACCAGUACCAUGAUGUUCUCUCGCCUCGUAAAGAAAAUGACUUGACGUCGUCGGAAGUUGCUGAAAUGUGCUUUCGAGGAAGUGGCAUCCAGUAUGCUGCACUGAAUUUGGCUGGUUUACAAAUACUGUUUGAUCACUAUACUGCAGCUGAAGAAAGCAUUCAAGAAGCAAUUCGAGCAGCUCAACACCAUGGAGAUCAUAUAUGUGUUGCCUUUUCGUUGGCAUGGUUAAUUUGCAUUAAUCAAAAGUGUGGACGUUCUAAAAAGGCUGUCUUGAAGUUAAUCUUCAGCUGUCUAGAUCGAGCCCAAGAGUUACGAUUGCCGUCGUUGCAAGUGCUGGCAAUUUUGACGGAAGCUGAAAAUGUUUUAUUGCGUGGCCUGAUAGCGAAGUCUGAAACGGUGCAGACGGCGUCACAAUAUAUUCCGCACAGAAUUGCUGCACAUGCACCCGCUCCUCGGCCUCUGCACAUCUGGGCGCGUCUACAAGAGACCAUACAGCUCAUUGCCUCGAUAGGUACUCCAGCUUCGUGUUUACCUGGCACGCGGCCGAUGAUGGCACCACAAAUGCAAGCAGAUAGACGCUCUGACGUUGACAAUAGUGGCAAAUGCGGAGGCAUUGGGCUAGACUGGAUUAAAUCGGCAGAAGCUCUUCUCGAUACCGUGUGGAAGCUAAGUGGACAAAUUACGGUAUUUGCAGCCGUAGAGUGGAAUGUGUAUGCUCAUUUUCCGCUCGCACAAAUCUUUAGUCGUAUACAUCUUCUAUGCUAUAAAGAUUCUGCUAGCACUGGAGAAAUUGUGCAAAUCAUCAGUCAAAUGGCGUUGUCAAGGCUCACAGUGUCAAAAGAUGAUUCAAAUGUCUACGAGCAAGCUCUUAACUUUCUUGUCGAUGUUGCUUCUGGUGACCAUCACAACGUGCAGAACCGUCAUUUAUUCAAUAACAUGGUAUAUCAGAGAAGCGUGCACCACCUCUUUUUUUUAUGGGCUUUGCAAAGAGGAGAAUUUACACGCGCACGUUAUCAUUUAGAAGCGGUACAGGCUUUAUCUCCCCAGGGAAAAGACUUACCUGCAUAUCUUGCAGCCCUCUUUUUUGAAGCUUUAUUAAAAACUGCGAUUGGUGACAGUGUACAAAGCCUUGAGUUGCUUAAGCGUUUAGAAUCUAUGUGCAGUGAGUAUGGUUUUGCGUAUCUCCAUGCUCAAGUUUUGAUUGCUACAAGUCGAACACGUAUUCAAGCAUCUGCGCCGCAUGCACCAUUUGCAUCGCUCAAUACAUUAUUAAAAAGUAUUGACAUUUGUACUUGUCAUCAUUACGACCUUUUACUAGCAGAGGCUCACGUAGUAAUGGCUGAAGUGUACCUUGCAAUGGGCAAGUUACAAGAUGCGAACUCAUUGAUCAACGAUCAAAUGCCAUUAGUGAUGGAACAUGGUAGCGUUAAUCUGCGUGGGGAAUGUUGGCUACUGCUGGCCAAAACAAUGAUGGCAAGGAUAACAUGUAGUAAAGAAGGUGCCAAAGAACCAGAUUCUGCGGCUAUGAAGGUCAUCGAAAUGCUUAACACAAGUGCUGCGAUAUUUGCGUCCGUGGAAAACUUGAGGCGACUGAAAGAGAUUAGCUACGUGCAAUCGUUAGUCUACAAUCACGUAGCAAUCCAAGCAGAGAAAAAAGGCGAAGAAUCGACUUUAUUUGUCACGAAACGAGAGAAGGCAGCAGAAUGCUUUAUCGAAUACAGCAUGCAAUUGAAUAAAGCACCUUUUUCUACUAUUGAGCCGUUUUUCGACUCAAAAUACCCGGAAAACAUUCGGCAACAUAUAGGCCUGCUGUGCCGCAUUCAUCUCAUAGCGCUUUAUUCCGAAGCAUGA